ACCAGGGAAGAAGCAGUGUGUGAGCAGCAUAUUAACACAGAUUCUCUCUGUACUGUAAUAAGCAGUAGGUAAUUGUGGAGCCGAGGCAAUGCUGGUGAGUCCAACAUGUCUGUGCUCAACCCAACUCUUCUGCUCUGUGUGUAUGGCUUCUUUUCCAAUCUCCGGCCAUCGGAGCCUUUCCUCACUGCCUACCUCAUGGGACCAGACAAGAACCUGACAGAGACUCAGGUUGUCAAUGAACUCUAUCCAAUUUGGACGUAUUCCUACCUGGUGUUGCUGUUUCCUGUCUUCCUAGCCACUGACUACCUCUGUUACAAGCCUGUAUUGGUCCUGCAGGCCACAAGCUUAGUAGUUACCUAUGCUAUGUUGCUAAAGACACAAGGCAUGCUGGCCAUGCAGCUCCUGGAGUGUUUCUUUGGGCUGGCCACGGCCACGGAGGUGGCCUACUACUCCUACAUCUACAGCGUUGUGGAGCCGGCACACUACCAGAGAGUGACUGGUAUCUGCCGCAGCAUCGCUCUGUUUGGAUCAGCUGCUGGAUCUCUGAUUGGUCAGCUAUUGCUCUCUGUGGCCCAAGUUCAGCUGGUCCACCUCGUCAUCAUCACUCUGACAUCAGCCGCUGUGGCCUGUGUUGCUCCCUGGUUUCUACCCAUGCCCAAGAGAAGCUUGUUCUUCCACAAGAGUCCAGGACCAGCAGAGGAGAGGCCACGCACUUGUAACACAGCACUGUUGGAAAAGGCUGGGGAUUCAGAGAGUGAGUUGCCUCUAAACAGCCAGGAUGUCUCCACAAUGUCCAGGUCCUUUAAGACAGAAAACCAUUGCAGUGGUCUUUUGGAGGUGUUACGGAUACUGUUUGAUGACUUCGUGCAGUGCUACAGGUAUCAGCCCCUGCUUGCCUGGUCGCUGUGGUGGGCACUGGCUACGUGCGGCUACUUCCAGGUUAUCAACUACGCUCAAGCAUUAUGGGAGAACGUUCGUCCAUCCCACGAUUAUGAAAUCUACAAUGGCUACGUAGAGACACUGUCCACAGUGCUAGGGGCUCUGGCCGCUCUGCUGGUGGGCUACCUGCCUGUAUGCUGGGCUCUGUGGGGUGAGUUGGCUCUGUGUGCCCUCUCCCUGCUGAUGGCUGUGUGUGUGUUUGUCAUGGACACACUGAGAAACAUCUGGCUAUGUUACAGCUCAUACAUCCUCUUCAGAGCCACAUACAUGUUGCUCAUUACUGUGGCUACAUAUCAGAUUGCAGCUAGUCUCAAUAUGCAUCGCUACGCCUUGGUGUUUGGGGUAAACACCUUCAUGUCCCUGCUGCUGCAGUCUCUCCUCACAUUGGUGGUGGUGGACUCAGCUGGCCUCGGCCUUGACGUUUUCACUCAGUACCUCAUCUAUGGCGGCUACUUUGCUGUAAUCUCAAUGGUCUUUCUCUUUGCUGGGCUUUGUAAAUUGGCCUACAGGAGACGCUCCAAACAAGAGGAGGAGGGCCUGGCCAACAGCCAAGCCUGAGUUAGACUCUCCUCCAAUCGGGGACACCAUCUCAUGCAGAUAGGCCAUGCUGUACAUUAUUAUGAUAGAUCUUGUUUAGCUUCUCAGAUACUAACGCACCAUAGGUGAGUGAGCACAGUGACCCCACAAUGUGAGCUUCUCCAUAUUCUGUAACCACAUAGUUUUUUUCACUGUAAUUUUCUGUAUAAUGACUGCAGGCUACUUACUGUGGCUUUCCCUUCACUUAUUAAAACAACAUGGAUUAAUUAAAGUUAAAUUAAAGUGGCAGAAGAACAAGCUAACAGACACACAGCCCUGACAUACUAUAAUAUGAUUGUUAUGGCUGUCAUUUUAGAUUAGAGUUGGACAUGGUAUACACACUUUUAUUGUUGAAAUUUAAUGUUGGGCAGUCAAUGUCAGUGGGUUUAUUGCAAUUGGUGUAGUCAUUUGUUUCAUUGUGUGAGAAAAAGAGAGACUGAUCAAUGCAAUUCUUUAAGAGUGUUUUCACACCUACCUCAUUUGGUCUGGACUUUCGUAUUUUUUAGUUUGGUCUGAACCAAAAUUGCAGGUGAGAAAGGUGCCUCGGACCACGGUCCAUAUCAGAAGUCCAAAUUUUGGUCCGAUCAAACGAUCAUAUUGUUUUCAGUAUGAAAACACUUUUUAGAUGCAGGGCCGACUCUUGCUCUUUUGUUGCACUCGGCGACAUUGAGUUGUUAACCCUCUGAGCCCGAGACACUCGCCCACAAGUAAAAAAGUACCUCUGAUUUCAUAGUUUAAUAACUUUUGAACCAUACAAGCGAUUUACUCACUUUUGGUUUCGUUUAAAUCCUGACGUUUUCGGCUUUACGGCGGUCUUUUCCCUGUCUUUCUAGCCUCUACAGGGGAUUUUCUAUCCAGCCUGGAACUUCAGCCUCUUUGGGCUUUAAAUCCAUACUGUUAUAU